GGCCGCCAUUCACAUUCCCGGAAGAGGAGCAGGUCUGCAGAGGAGGAAGAAAAAGAGAAAACAAAUAGGAUUUUCUCUCCCCCUACCCCCGUCGAAAAAAGAAAGUGGAGAAGGCAGUCAAAAUUCUGGUGGGCCAUGUCCAAUGGAAAUAACGAAGAAACCAUUUAAAUACAUGGAGUGUGAAAAGAGAGAGGAUAAACAAUUUGAAAGCAUGGAGUGUGGAAAGAGCUUCACUGACAGUGGAAAACUUAGAAAACAUCAAUGGACUCACACGGGGGAUAAACAAUUUAAAUGCAUGGAGUGUGGAAAGAGCUUCAAUCAGAGUGGACACCUUAGAAUACAUCAACGGACUCACACGGGGGAGAAACCAUUUAAAUGUAUGGAGUGUGGAAAGAGCUUCAGUCAGAGUGGACACCUUAGAAUACAUCAACGGAGUCACACGGGGGAGAAACCAUUUAAAUGUAUGGUGUGUGGAAAGAGCUUCAGUGAGAGUGGAAAACUUAGAAUUCAUCAACGGAGUCACACGGGGGAGAAACCAUUUGAAUGCAUGGAGUGUGGAAAGAGCUUCACUCACAGUGGAACACUUAGAAAACAUCAAUGGACUCACACGGGGGACAAACCAUUUAAAUGCAUGGAGUGUGGAAAGAGCUUCAAUCAGAGUGGAAACCUUAGAAUACAUCAACGGACUCACACGGGGGAGAAACCAUUUCAAUGCAUGGAGUGUGGAAAGAGCUUCACUGAAAGUGGAAAACUUAGAAAACAUCAACGGACUCACACGGGGGAGAAACCAUUUGAAUGCAUGGAAUGUGGAAAGAGCUUCAGUGAGAGUGGAAAACUUAGAACUCAUCAACGGACUCACACUGGGGAGAAACCAUUUAAAUGUAUGGAGUGUGGAAAGAGCUUCAGUCAGAGUGGAACACUUAGAAAACAUCAACGGACUCACACCGGGGAGAAACCAUUUAAAUGUAUGGAGUGUGGAAAGUGCUUCACUGACAGUGGAACACUUAGAAUACAUCAACGGAGUCACACGGGGGAGAAACCAUUUCAAUGUAUGGAGUGUGGAAAGAGCUUCAGUGAGAGUGGAGCACUUAGAAUGCAUCAACGGACUCACACUGGGGAGAAACCAUUUAAAUGUAUGGAGUGUGGAAAGAGAUUCAGUAAGAGUGGAGCACUUAGAAUUCAUCAACGGAGUCACAUGGGGGAGAAACCAUUUAAAUGUAUGGAAUGUGGAAAGAGAUUCACUCAGAGUGGAGACCUUAGAAUUCAUCAAAGGACUCACACGGGGGAGAAACCAUUUAAAUGUAUGGAAUGUGGAAAGAACUUCAGUCAGAGUGGAUACCUUAGAAUUCAUCAACGCACUCAUACGGGGGAGAAACCAUUUAAAUGUAUGGAGUGUGGAAAGAGCUUCAGUCAGAGUGGACACCUUAGAAUACAUCAACGGAGUCACACGGGGGAGAAACCAUUUAAAUGCAUGGAGUGUGGAAAGAGCUUCAGUCAGAGUGGACACCUUAGAAUACAUCAACGGAGUCACACGGGGGAGAAACCAUUUAAAUGCAUGGAGUGUGGAAAGAGCUUCAGUUUGAGUUGGCACCUUAGAAUACAUCAACGGAGUCACACGGGGGAGAAAUCAUUUAAAUGCAUGGAGUAUGGAAAGAGCUUCAGUUUGAGUGGAACACUUAGAAUUCAUCAACGGAGUCACACGGGGGAGAAACCAUUUAAAUGUAUGGAGUGUGGAAAGAGCUUCAGUCAGAGUGGAAAGCUUAGAAUACAUCAACAGAGUCACACGGGGGAGAAACCAUUUAAAUGUAUGGAGUGUGGAAAGAAUUUCAGUCAGAGUGGAGACCUUAGAAAACAUCAACAGAGUCACACGGGGGAGAAACCAUUUAAAUGCAUGGAGUGUGGAACGAGCUUCAGACUCAGUGGAGACCUUAGAAAACAUCAACAGACUCACACAGGAGAGAGACCAUUUAAAAAGCGUGGAGUGUGGAACGAGCUUCAGUGAGAGUGGACCACUUAGAAAACAUCAACAGACUCACACGGGGGAGAAACCAUAUAAGUGCCAGGGAAGUGGACAGAGGUUCAGUUGAAGUCGAAGUCUUACAAACAAUCAAAAGACUCUGAGGGGUAAGAGCUGUAAUAGUGGAAACUCUACAAGCCAUGAAUUAACUCAAAGAUGAGAAAUGGUUUAAAUAGAAGGAUUGUAGAUUCUGCUUUGGUUAUUAUGGAACACUUUUUAGAGUGUAGAACCUCUUUCUCUCUGAGUUGACACUUUAUUUCACAUCAGUAACAGGAAAUCAGUCUUCAAUACAUGCAGCGUAUUUGAGUUUCUGGUCUUUGUAUGUAACAUUGUCUAGACAUGUUUUUAAAGUAAUGACGGUAACAUUUCACAAUAGUCAGCAUAAUAUAAUAUUUAAUGUACUUUUAGAUAAGGAGGGGAGUGUGUGAGUCUGGAGUGUUGCUUCUGAAUGAGGAUGGAUUGAGAGUGAGCUGGUUUUGGUGUUUGGUGGGGGGAGUUGGAAAUGUUUGUAUCUGGGAAUGGAGAGUUGCACAAAGUGGAGCUGAGAUUGGUGGUGUUGCUUUGGAAGCAGAGUUAGAUUAAUAUUAUAGGAACAGCAACAUAACUCCCACUGUUAUAAUUGCAAUAAUGGAACCAUGAAGACACAGAAAGAUGGUAAGCACAUUCUUAUAUGCCCAAGGUAAUCUUGAAACCCUUAUCUAUUCUCUUGAUUUAUAGAUAUAUUGUGUAUAUAUAUUGUGUGUGUAUAUACACACACACACACACACACUAGCUGACCCGGCCAUGCGUUGCUGUGGUUCUUUCCUGUGAUUUCCCCCCCCCCAACCCUGUCCCGAUCCAUGACGUAUCCUGCCCCUCCUCCCUCCACCCUGGCUCAUCCCUGUGUUUCGGUAGGAUACCCUGUUGUAUAUAUGUAUACCCUGUUUCUCAUAUUUUAAGACAUACCCAUAAAAUAAGCCAUAGCAGGAUUUUUAAGCAUUCAAGGAAUAUAAGCCAUACCCCAAAAAUAAGACAUAGUGAUAGGCGCAGCAGCAAUGCCGGCCGCGGCAGGAGGAGGAGGAAAAAAACAAGACAUCCCUUGAAAAUAAGCCAUAGUGUGUUUUUUUGAGGAAAAAAUAAAUAUAAGACGUGUCUUAUAAUAUGAGAAACACGGUAUAUAUAGUUUAUAGAUACAGUGGUGCCUCGACUUACGAAGGUAAUCCAUUCCGACGGCACCUUCAUAAGUUGAAAAAUGUGUAAGUCGAAGAAAGCCGCUUCCAAGGUAAUCUUGACACCUUCAUCUAUUCUUUUGAUUUAUAGAUAGAUUUUAUAUAUAUAUAUAUUUGGUGGCAGGAGAAAUAAAAGGGGUGUUUAGUGGCAUAACGAGGAAAGGCUCUGUUCCUUGCUGCACAUCUUGCAUGAAGAGGGAAGGGGGCACAGGGAAUAAGGGACCGUACCAGAGCAUCUCAAAACAAUGUGUGGGGAGGGGGGGCACAGUGACACAAGAGUGUGUAGAAUGGUAUCCCCAAAAUGACACAGGGGAGAAACAAAAUGGAUGAGUAUAUUGUGGAAGGAGGUUCAGGCAGGUCCCAAACUGAGAGUGCUAGGGGUCAAUUUCCUCCAUAUCCACCAGUUGCCUCAAGGCAGGAGCCACCUCUGGGCACUUAGGGUGGAAAGCCUCCCUCCACCUUUGAAACGGGACAUGCUCCUAGGGCAGUGAUGGUGAACCUUUUAGAGACUGAGUACCCAAACUGCAACGUAAAACCCAAAGUGCCUACACAGCAAUUCUACCUGUAUACCUAUUUUUUUCCUGUUUGUUUCACAUUUCUUCUUUAUGUACUGUUGUAAUAAAUAAUCUAUAUACCGGUAUAUAAAAAUGUAAAAUGUCAAUGUUUGCGUGCAUCCACUUUUCUCCGAAACUGCUUGACCGACUGCAUUGAAAUUUGGAGACAACGUUCCAUACCAAUAAGCGAGUGUUUGCAUAAACUUAGAUUAUAUAGAUGUCACACCUGUCACAGGUAAAAACAUGUUUUUUUGGUUAAAAAAACAUAGCACCCUCCAGUGGACGUCAAAUGAACAGAUAUUGCUAUCCUUUGGUGUAGCAAUAGCCCCAUCUGUUGGACGUCAAAGGAAAACAUUCUAUAGAACCCCAGGAUUCCUCACAGAACCGGGGGGGGGGGGAGG